AUGUCCUCCUCCCCAUCAACAGCAAAAGCCUCACCAGGCCCAGCGCCCUGGCGCGCCCCCUUCCUCAAAAACGUAAACGACAUGGCCUCACCAGAAUUCAACCUCGCAACAAUCCACUCCUCCUCCUCAUCCUCUUCCUCUCUCACCCCCCGCCUCCGCACCGUAAUCUUCCGCGGCCUCUGGGCCUCCCUCCCAGUCAACCCAAAAAACACAGCAGACCUCAACCCGCCCCUCUACGAAUCCGACCUCCUGACCCUAACAACCGACGCCCGCAUGGCAAAAGUGCCCGACUUCCUAACUUCCAACGGAGAAAAAGACGACAUCAAAAAAUCAGGCGGCGGCGGCCCCGUAGAAGCAUGCUUCUGGACCGACGCAAAAGUCCAAUGGCGCAUCCGCGGCGAAGCCUUCCUCCUCGGCCCGGACAUCGACUCCUCCUCCGGCGCCAAAGCGCUCCGCGAGCACCUCCUAGCCCGCAUGCGCACCGUCACCCCAGCAGACGCCAAACGCCGCCGCGAACAAGACAUCCCCUCCGGCAAAACCGUCAUCGGCACCUCGGAACAGGACUGGUCCUUCGCCCGCGAGGUCACGGCGCACUUUGGAAACUUAUCGCCCAUGAUGCGCGGCACCUUCCGGAACCCGGUCCCGGGGACGUCCCGCGCCGCGAACCCGCCCUCGGACACGCUGAAGCUGGGGCAAAAGGUCGAGGACCUGGAGGACGAGGUCGCGAGGGAGAAUUUCCGGGUCGUGGUGAUUGUGCCGACCGAGGUGGAUCAGACGGACUUGAGCGCCUCGGAGGACCCGAGACGGUAUCUGUACCGGUUUGUCGGGGCCGAGGCCGAGGGGAAGGAGACGGAGGGUGCGGAGAGGGUGAAUGGGUGGGAGAAGAUUGAGCUGUGGCCGUAG